UGUUAAACCUUGCCGUUAAUAAUGAUCUGCGGACCGGCAAUCAGCACCAAGGACAGCGGCACUGCUUUCGAUCUAAUUUUCAGGUGCUUCUCCCAUGCUCAGUUUUGAAUGCUUCAAACGUUAAUAUGUUUUUUCAACAUCAUCGUCCUAGCGCUCUCUGGUAUGAGUUGUGUUUAAUAUCCGCACCAUAGUGUCUAGAAAGUAACACUUACUCAAGUCAUUUUACAGGGAUUUAUUUAUGUCUGUCCACCUUCACUCAGAGUUUGUGCAAACAUGUUUCAUGUAAUGUUGACUUCGAACUCUGAGGGACGCUGUUGACCAAUGUGUAUCAGUUUUGCAGCAGCUAUGUGACGGUUCCUCCCGUCAUCGCUGUAUAUUUGAGAAAGAGCCAGUCCGGGUGAUACCACGAAACACACAGGACGAUCUAAUCAAACGCGGACGUUUUAACGGGAAUACUGUAUUUGUUUUGUUUUCUCUCGGUGGAUUAAGACUGGGAUGUAAUAGAAGAUUCCGGAUAUGCAAAUGUAAAGGGCGAGUGGAAGGUUUACACAAAGAUUUCCCGCAAAGACGACGACGGACAUUAACAAUGAAGUGGCAAGUACUGCUGUUUAUGUCGGUCCUCUCCUUCAACCCAGUGCUUGGCCAGGUCAGCUACGCCAUUCCUGAGGAAAUGCCCAAAGGCUCUUUUGUUGGCAACAUCGGUCAGGAUUUGGGUUUAGAUGUCAAAAGACUACAAUCUGGAAAGGCUCGCGUUUUCACAAGAGACACCACAGCAUACAUCGAGCUACACAGAGAAAAGGGAGUACUCCUUAUUAAAGAGCGAAUAGACAGAGAAGCGCUCUGUGGACCAUCGACGCCCUGCGCUUUGCAUUUUCAGAUUUUAUUAGAAAAUCCAAUGGAAUUCUUCAGUGUUACUGUUGAAAUCACGGACAUAAAUGAUAACCCUCCGACUUUCAUGACGAGCGAAGCUCAUUUUAAUAUUAGCGAGUCUGCGCUUAGUGGCACUAUAUUUACUUUAGACAGAGCGACUGAUCUUGAUGUGGGUGAAAAUGGAUUAAAAACCUAUGUCUUGAAACCCACUGAUAUGUUUUCUCUUAAAAUAAACAAUCAAGGAAACGGUAGGAAAAAUGUCGAGAUGGUUUUGAAUUCACCGCUGGACAGAGAAAAAAAUGAACACCUACAUUUAGUUCUGACUGCGAUUGAUGGUGGCCAACCGCAAAUGACAGGAACGAUGCAGAUUCACAUAACCGUUUUAGACGCCAAUGACAAUGCUCCUGUUUUCAUUCAGUCUGUCUAUAAAGCCUCUGUAAAAGAAAAUGCAGCAGUAGGGACGGUGGUUGUGAGUGUCACUGCAACCGACGCAGAUUACGGAUCUAAUAGUAAAAUAACAUAUUCUAUUUCAAAUAUGCUCGAAUAUACUCCUGGUAUGUUUGAAAUAAACAAGGAAACAGGAGAUGUCUCAUUAACCGGAACACUUGAUUAUGAGAAGUCGAGAAGUUUUGAGGUUAAUAUUCGCGCUAUUGAUCACGGUGGUCUGACUGGUUCUUGCAAACUAUUAGUCGACAUAUUAGAUAUUAAUGACAACCGCCCUGAUAUCCACAUAAUGUCCAAAUCAAAUGUGAUAUCGGAAGACGCAAAAUCUAACACUGUUGUGACAAUGAUUAAUGUGGAAGAUGCAGAUUCUGCUGAAAAUGGGAAAGUGCAUUGUUCCAUUGAUGACAAUAACAAUUUCAUCUUAAAGUCAACAUCAGAUAAAUUCUACAGUCUCAUGACAGACAGUGAAUUAGACAGAGAGAAAGCCUCAGAGUACAAUAUAACAGUGACGUGUUCUGAUGAGGGAGUGCCCUCCCUCUCCAGCAGCGUCACUCUCACCUUACAGAUCUCUGAUGUGAAUGACAACGCGCCUGUCUUUGAGAGGAGCUCAUAUGAGGCCUACAUUGUAGAAAACAACACACCAGGUCUCUCUAUAUUCACAGUGAAAGCCAGAGACGCUGACUGGAACCAGAAUGCCCGUGUUUCUUACAUACUGGAAGACUCCUCUGUUAACGGAGUGCCAGUCUCCUCAUAUGUGUCCGUUAGUGCUGAUAGUGGAGUCAUACAUGCAGUGCGCUCUUUUGACUACGAGCAGAUCAAAGAUUUCCACUUCUGCGUCAAAGCUCAGGAUGGAGGUUCUCCUCCACUCAGUAGUAAUGUGACUGUGAAAAUACUGAUCCAGGACCAGAACGACAACCCCCCUCAGGUUCUUUACCCAGUCCAGACUGGUGGCUCCGUGGUGGGUGAGAUGGUGCCUCGUUCAGCAGAUGUGGGCUAUCUGGUCUCUAAAGUGGUGGCUGUUGAUGUGGACUCUGGACAGAAUGCCUGGCUCUCCUAUAAACUCCAGAAAGCCACAGACAGGGCGCUGUUUGAAGUGGGCUUACAGAAUGGAGAAAUAAGAACUAUCCGCCAAGUGACUGAUAAAGAUCCUGUUAACCAAAAACUGACUGUUAUAGUGGAGGACAACGGACAGCCCUCUCGUUCAGCUACAGUCAUUGUUAACGUGGCGGUGGCGGACAGUUUCUCUGAAGUGAUGUCGGAGUUCACUGACUUUACGCACGACAAGGAGUACAAUGACAACCUGACUUUUUACUUAGUGUUGGCUCUGGCUGUAGUUUCCUUCCUCUUCAUCACGUGUUUAGUGGUUAUUAUCUCAGUGAAAAUCUACAGAUGGAGACGCGAGCGCAUGUUUUACCAAUCCAAUGGGAAUCUUCCUGUUAUUCCGUAUUACCCGCCCCUUUACGCAGACGUAGGAGGCACUGGCACUUUGAAGCAGGCCUUGAGUUAUGAGGUAUACGGAACGACCGACUCCCGGAAGAGUGAUCUGAAGUCCCCCCAUCCCUUCAGUGAGAGCACCCUGAAUGUCGAUCAUUGUGCUGCCAGGACAGUUCCAAGACAUAAAACACACUCAGAGCAUAUGUUCGUUGAGGUGAGAGCAGCACGUUUCUCGCUUCCAUAAAACCCGUGUUCCCAUGUCUUUAUGUUGGCUUGUGUGUUUGAACGUGAGGAUGUUUCAGUUCAUCUACUGCUCACUCUUAUUGCUCAUUUGGACUUUUGAUCUGGGCUCACCUCCUUGGCAUUGGUAUUCUAAGUGGGAGAGUUUUUCGUUAAUGCGAAAUAAACUCUUAAUCUCCUCAUCCAGAUUUGAUCAUUUUUUGAAGACAGGGUCCCUACAGUUUCUUAUGAGUUUUGAAAAUGUGUGAAUACUAUUGUUGUGUGUUUGCAAGGUUUGAAAAUGGGUGAAAUAUAGUGACUCUUUUUUUCACAGCAAACUGCAUAGUUCGAAGAGUAAAACACGUCAGAGACUCUAAAUGAAAACCUUGAUUGUGUGACCCUGACUAUUAUAAAUCAUGAUUGUUGUUGUUUAUAGCACAAUGGCAUAUUUUUAUUGUGAUAAAAAGGGUGAAGUGCAGAGCAUGAAUGAUGUACAGUAUAGAGUGUAUUAUAGACAGUGAGGGGUUUAAUCUACUUUUUUAAGACCCAUGUAAGCCUCCAUAAUGUCCAAUUAAUGCAAAACUGUCGGUUAUUGUGGAGACGAUUUGUUUGUGUGAUGCUUCUUUUUA